AAUUAUCUUUUCGGGAAACCUUCGAGUUGCAAGUUUUAAAUGGUGUUCAAACUGGCAUACGGGAUUUAAAAGAAAGAAUUGGUAUUAUAAAGGUUAAAAUAGUAUUCUAGCAAAAGUGUAAUAAAUUUAAAUAAGCGAUGAACGUUGCUGAUGGGGUUGGAUAUUCACGAUCAGAAGUAUUCGUGCUCGUGGCUAGAGUAUCGUUUAUCGCUGCUGUUGGAUUUUUUAGUAUGAAAUGGAUUAUGAAUCAGCUUGAUCCUACGAACAAUGCAAAAAAGAAAGCUAGGAAAAAGGCACGAGAACAGUUUCGGAAAUUGGCCAAGACCGAUAACUUAUUAUGGAGAGUGGACAUGAAUCAGUUAACGGAUUAUGAAAUGAUGAUAGCUAAUCAUAUAGUUGACCCCCAAGAUAUCCGAGUUUCAUGGGAGAACAUUGCUGGCCUUGAACACGUUAUUCAAGAACUUAAGGAAACCGUUAUAUUACCUAUACAAAGAAAAGAAUUGUUUGAAGAUUCUCAAUUAACGCAAGCACCAAAAGGUGUAUUGUUGCACGGACCACCGGGUUGUGGGAAAACGAUGAUUGCUAAAGCGACCGCGAAGGAAACUAAAACGUGCUUUAUUAAUCUGGAUGUAAGCAUUCUAACCGAUAAAUGGUAUGGCGAAAGUCAAAAAUUAACUGCGGCAGUUUUCUCGUUGGCUGUGAAACUUCAACCGUGCAUAAUUUUUAUCGACGAAAUAGAUUCAUUUUUAAGAGCUCGUAAUUCGCAAGAUCACGAAGCAACUGCGAUGAUGAAAGCACAGUUUAUGUCUCUUUGGGAUGGAUUAAUCACCGAUCCUUCUUGCACGGUCAUAGUAAUGGGUGCUACCAACAGACCUCAAGACUUGGAUAAAGCUAUUCUUAGGCGUAUGCCAGCCACUUUUCACAUUGGCUUACCGAACGAACAACAACGAAUGCAAGUGUUAAGAUUGAUAUUAGAACAUGAACCAAUAGCAGAAAAUGUGGAUAUUGCAAAGUUAGCUAAAAUGGCUGAAGGUUUCUCGGGAUCGGAUUUACAAGAACUUUGUAGGAAUGCAUCUGUAUAUCGCGUUCGAGAUUAUUUACGGACCCACACGCAAGAUGCAAGCGGAAAUACCGACGAUGAAGAAUACCAUGACGCUGUGCGACCUAUCACAAUGGAAGAUCUUCUUACCUCGUAUAAAAAGAUGAAAACCUCUAAAAUAUAUACGGGUACACUUAGUGCAGCCAAAUUAGAUUUAGAUUAAAAGAAGAUAUUUAUAAUGUAUUACUUAAUAGUCUAUUUUGAAAAA